AUGUCGUUAGAAAUGCGUAUAGAUACAGAAACUUCCGAAAAAUCUAAAUCUAAUAUUUGGAAGUAUUUCACUAAAGAAAGAGGGCAAGACAAUAAAAUUACUGCAAAAUGCAAUUAUUGUAAUGCCAAAUAUGUUGUUGUUAAAGGUGCAACAACAAAUCUUUGGACACAUAUUAAAAAAAUACACGUGUCUCUUCUUGGUUUAUCAACUACUCAACAUACAUUAGAACAAUUUGGUUUAUCGAUAAAUAGUAACAGUGAAAUUUUUACAGGGGCUAGUAAAGAAGAAAAUCUACGAAAAUGGUUAACAAAUUGGAUUAUUCUUGAAGAUCUUCCAUUUACAAUUGUUGAGGGAUGGCUUAAAUGGAUUCUUAAAAAAGUUACUGGUGGAUUUCAUCUUGUAUCGGCAGAUACAAUUAGACGUGAUAUUAUACAAUAUCAUAUAGAUAUACGAAUAACUAUUCAAAAAAUUUUAAAGAAAACUUUAGGAAAAUUAUCAUUAUCAUUAGAUAUUUGGACUUCAACUGUUGUCAAAUCAUAUAUGGAAAUACUGUACAUUUAUUGA